GGCAACAGCCAACCUAGUUUCAGUUUUCGUAUCGUCUACAGCCGAUCGGUAAAACCUGUCAAAAUGUCAAACAAGAAUGGAAGAAAUGCGCUUUCAGAAAUUAAUAAUGAAAUUUUGACUGUGUACGAAUAUUGCUUAGCUGCUGGUCUCACUCAUGAUGAGAUAGUUGAGAAGGCAAAGCCAUUAAUUUUGCCCGUACAAAAAUUAGAAUGGAAAAGAAAGUUUCUGAUGCUACUUAAGAUUGGCAUAUGCUGUCUUGCCAUUUCAUACACAUUGAGUUCUGACACAGUUUCGAGAUCUUUUUUGACGAAUACGAGAUAUUUUAUGUUUAAGAUUUUACCAUUUUGGGACUGGACUGAAUUAUAUUCUGAAAAUUGUUUAUUGGAAAAUCCAUUCUAUUCAAAUGAAGAAGUACUUAUCUUUGAUUGCAAGGUAUGUGAAGAUGUUUUUGAUGUGGACUAUUUAAAUCGGACUUCACCCGAAGAGAUCUCACAAUAUUACAUGCAAAGAAAUAUUCCAGUUAUUGUAAGAGAUGCAAUGUUUGAUUGGUCUGUCAUGCAAGAUUCUUUCAAUAUUUUAAAUAUGACUGAGGGUUUUUAUCAUCUGGAUGAAGAUGUUUGCAUGUUUCAGUCUAACUUAAAUGUUGAGAAUCAUCAGAUGCUUUUUCAAAAACUACUAAGUCAAGAUCUUCAAAAGUGGUAUGCACAUUGGGAAAACUGUGAAAAAUCUACUCAGAAAUUUGUUCGGAAAUUUUAUGCAAGACCAUAUUUUCUGCCAGGAGUUGUGCAGAUGACAGAAGCAAAUUGGAUUCUUAUGUCUUCCAACUAUAUUGGAAGGAAAUAUAAAAAAAUUGAUGUGAUGCCUUCUGUCACAGUUAUGUGGGUGGCUCAAAUCAGAGGUUAUAAUAAUAUUCAGUUCCUACCUAAAAACCCUUGUCAUACUACAUGCAAUGUAAUUGAAGAUACACUUGAAGAAGGAGAAAUCGCUUUAUUCAGCCCAACAGUGUGGAACUUUUCAUAUUUACCAGGAGAAGGUACUGAAAAUUUAGCAAUUGCAGUUGGAGGGUUAGCAAUAUGAUAUGAAACAAAGGUAGAAAUUACUGAAUCUUGUCUGGUGGUUAAAUAAAAUGCCAAAUAUUAACUGUCUGUACGAAAUAAUAAAUGGGUUUUAAAAUGCCUGAA